UCCACCUAUGAGACAAUACACCGAAGUACAAGGGUUUAAAAAAAAAAAAACAAAACAAAAAACCUGUAUGCCAUGCACCAGCUCUGUCAAGGGUCAGUUUUCUUACCUCAGUAGUUUCCUAGCCAGCUUCCCUCACUCUAGGCUCCCCUUUGUGUUUGGUGCCUAAUAUAGUAUUUUUCAUGUUGUGGGCAAAAUCACUGAAUUUUGUUGAAUUAUCUCCUAAUUUUAAGAUGUCAAAAAUCUCAAUAAUGAACUGUCAUAGAAGAAUUAGGGCAUUUAGUGUUUCAGUUCUCUGUGAUAGUAAAUUUUCUCCACCCCUAUCCUGACUUUCAAGAAAUUUUACACUCACUCCAGCCUUCAUUAUUCUUUUUCUUUAGAACAUUUUCAAUGUUUAUGGUUGGACCACACAAUUUUAGACUUUAUUGUAUCUUACGUUAUUCAUUAUUAUUUUAUUUUGCAUUAGUCUUAAAUCAGCUAAUAAAUCGUAAGCUCUUUGAGGGCAGUCUUUUAUGCUUAGUCAGCACAGAAUAGACCUUCAUUUUAUUGGUUUGGAAUCUUGAAAAUCAGAAUGUGGCUCAAAUUUUUAAAAUAAGGUGAAGGUAGAAGGUAUUUGGCUAGCAAGUGAGAGUAAGGGGGAUAGUCAUGGUUGGGGAAAAGGACAUUUUUCACAGAAUCCAUUUGAAUUUGUAAAGAUUUUGGUGGUCUGAUAAGCUUUUUCAAACAUGUUUGUAAAGCUGUUUUCUUUUUCUUUAGCCGUCCUAUGACAAUAGCUAGCAUCUACCUGUUUCCUGUUGUUGCUAGCCUGCUCCUCUGAGGACUGUGACCAUGACCCUGACAAAAGGCUCCUUCACCUAUUCCAGCGGGGAGGAAUAUCGUGGCGAAUGGAAGGAGGGCCGCAGGCACGGCAUUGGUCAACUGAUGUUUGCAGAUGGUGGCACCUACCUGGGUCAUUUUGAGAAUGGGCUCUUUAAUGGCUUCGGGGUGCUGACUUUCUCAGAUGGCUCAAGAUAUGAGGGGGAGUUUGCCCAAGGAAAGUUCAAUGGCGUAGGAGUUUUCAUUCGCCAUGACAACAUGACCUUUGAGGGAGAAUUCAAGAGUGGCAGAGUAGAUGGCUUUGGCCUGCUGACUUUUCCUGAUGGUUCUCAUGGAGUACCUCGAAAUGAAGGUCUGUUUGAGAAUAACAAGUUGCUAAGACGAGAAAAGUGCCCUGCAGUGAUCCAGCGGGCACAGAGGGCCUCAGAGUCUGCCCGGAACCUCCCAGCUUGACAGGGUAUCAUGGCUCUGUCGAGAGGAGUGAUUGGCCACCUCUGUUCAUUCAUUGCAGGUGAAGGAACAAACCAGACCCAAGAUUCUUUGAGUUAUGAACACCAAACAGUUGCCUUCUGACACAUCCCUUUGCCUGUCAAUCAAGAGUUAGAUUGUGGAGUGGAACUACUUACAAGCCUUCCUGCAGCUCUGACUUGACCAGGGAGCAGCUGAUUUCAGAUUUUGCCUUGGCCCUGCCCCUUGUUUGCUGCUGCUCAAACGAGCUGCCUUUUUCCAGCCCUGAGACUCUCCAUCCCUAAAUCCCUGCACCAUCCCCAGCCUUGCUGCCUUCUGCUCCAUCCUGGGUCCGUGGUCCCCUGGACUAUAUACCUGGUGCCCCACCUCCAUUUGGGGGAGGUGAUUAAAUAGCCAACCCUCAGCUGAGGUCCAUGCCUUGGACUUCCUGGGGGAGGGAGCCAGAAAGAAAGAAGGCAUGCAGCAGGCAUUUAAAAGACCAGGUUGGAGACUUUCUUACGUUACCUUCUUAUUUCAUUCUUGUUUGGAAUUAGGGCUCCAGGUCUGUCACAUGAACUGGCCAGGCUGAUGUUGAACUCCUCUUUCUCAGUCUUUGGGUGCUGCAAUGGGUCUAGACGGGACUCCUUCAUUUGUCCUUGACUUAACAGUGUAAAAACAAAAGGACUUUGUUUUUGUAUCUCAUCUUUAUGUACCUUUGUUGCUGUUCCGAUCUAGGUAAGAAGUGGUACCAAACUGUAAUUGUAAAACUUACAUGUAGAGCAGAGGACUGGGGCUUCCGGGGGCCCUACUAACAAUGUGAGAAGGCCAGGAUUGACCUAGGCUUCCUCAAGGUAAGAGGAACUAGCUCUUCCUUGGGGACCACCUGGCCAGACCACUACCAACUCCCUGCAAUUUAGACAAAGGGGGAUCAGUCGUAAAUUCAUUGAACUAAGACCUGUUGGGUGGCCUGCAUCCAGGUCAUCAUAACUCCCCACCAGCCUGGAGGCAGUAACUCCUCAUCAGCAUCCCACCGAACUCAUCCAGAGACUUCCCUUCGGACCCGGCCGCACCACUCCCCAUUAUUCUCACGUCGAAUGUUUCCUCUGCAGCUGAUUUUGGUGGAAAUACUAGCUGUGUGCCUCUCUUGUCUCUGGACUGUACUGUUGAAAUAAAGUGUUUAUAAGGAAUCCACUCAUCUCCAAAGCUGCUAGGACUUGGUUCUCUUGCAGUUUUUCUUAUUCUUUGUAGCUAGGUCUGGAUCAAUAUGAUCCCCUUUGCUGUUGCCAAGGGCCAAUAAUCAGUUGAGAUUCAAGGUACCCCUUAGUGAGCCUCUCGGCCUAGUUCCUUCCAGCUUACUUUGUGCUUCCCGCUGACCCUCUCACCUAGCCUUGGGACUAUUUAUGUUGUUCUCCUUCGUGCCAUCAUUGGGGCCUCUUUUAGGUGCAGAGACAGAGUGGACCUCAAAAACUGGCAUGGGGGCUAAGCUGGGG